AUGGCCAUUCCCUGCAUCCUUUUGGCUUUUUUCCAAGCCCUCUUUGUCGCUGUCAUAGCAGCGGCAGCGGCAGCAAUCCCAGACCAAUCGAACCUCGGCAUUGAAGGGAGCUUUUCGCUCUCCGUUGCAGCGACAUCUCACCAGUCAAGAGGCUUUUUGAGGGACUGGGCAGCUGCUCGACAGAAAUGGGGCAAAGGCAUCCCGAAGGAUGUAGCUACCGCCUUUUCCCUCCUCGACAGUAACGGCCGGGUAGAUGUCCAACCGCUGGGCAGCGAUGAUAUUUUCAUCGCUGAUCUCGAAAUCGGCAACCCGCCUCAAGUGGUCAAGAUUGCCCUGGACACGGGCUCCUCAGACUUGUGGUUGCAAUCGAGCGAUACGACAUACUUUUACAAUCGAAAAGGCCCCUGGGCUCCCCGGUACCACCCCAACAUGUCCAGAACCUCCAACAUCCUCAAAGAUGCCGAGUGGAAUGUCAAGUACAGUGAGCGAGAACUUCAAGCCAUGCAACCUUUUACUUCAUCCCGAGUUUGGCAGACUGACUCAUCAUGUUUUGCCUCAGUGGACGGCACUGCAGCCAACGGUAUAGUUUACCUUGACACGGUUCGCCUGGGCGGCUUCGAGGUCCGCAACGCGACCAUCCAGUCCGCCCUGACGGUGGCCCGCCGCUUCGAGCGCGAGACGGGGCUCAGCGGCAUCAUGGGCCUCGCCAAGAGCCUCCCCAGCAGCAUCGCGCCCCCCUCCAAGACCUUCCUCGACCUCCUCCGCCCGCAGCUCCAGACCCCCGUCUUCACCGCCGACCUCCGGCUCAACGCGACGGGGCGGUUCGAUUUCGGGCGCCUCAACGAGAGCAUUACCACAGACAACGUGACCUGGCUGGGCACCCGCCGGGACAGCGACCACUGGGAUGUCGGGCUCAACCUCAUGUCGUGGGAGGGCAGCAACUGGUGGCUCCACGACUUCACAGCCACCGUCGACACGGGCACCACGCUCACCUUCCUCCCGGACGUCCUGGCCAGGAUGUACUGGAGCGAUGUCCCCGGGAUGCGCGUCGACCCGAUGCUCUCCGACGCCUUCACCUUCCCCUGCGACGGCGCCGACGGGCUGCCGGACCUCCGCUUCAAGCUGCCCGGGACAGAGCACGUCCUCAACAUUCCGGGGCCGUACCUCAACUAUGGGCCCAUCGCAGGCGAUGACACUUACUGCUGGGGGGGCAUGCAGAGCGCCGACGACCUCGAGUCCACCAUCAUUGGCGGCACGGUGCUCAAGGCUCUGUUUGUCGCGUUCGAUUUGGAGACGAAGAAGGUCGGGUUUGCCAACAAGCGGCUCUGA